AGAGUUUGUUGACGUUUGAAGAUGUGGCCAUGUCUUUUUCUGAGGAAGAAUGGAAAUUACUGAACCAUACCCAGAAGAUGCUGUACAAUGAUGUAAUGCAGGAAAACUAUGAGGCUGUCAUCUCGCUAGCACAAGGGGAAGAACCAUAGAUCCAAGGUCCCCAAGAGCUCAAGGACAGUCUUGGAGAGUCUCCUACAGGGUUAAAGCUCAAAAAUGACACUGGAAAUGACCAACCUAUAUCGAUUUCUACAUUAGAAAGACAAGCGUCAGGAUGCAAAGUAUUAAGAAAGGCCAGAAUGAAAGUUGCCCAGAAAACAACAGACAAAGGAAAUGAUGGUACACGCAGGGUACGCAAGCGGCAUCAAGCCUUCCUAGGGAAGAAAAGAAGGAAACUUUCAACUUGUAAACAAGAGCUUCCAAAGCAUAUGGAUCUUCACGGGAAAGGCCAUGCAGAAGAGAAACCUUUUAAAUGUCAGGAAUGUGGGAAAGGCUUCAGAGUUAGUUCUGACCUUAUUAAGCACCAGAGAAUUCACACUGAAGAGAAACCCUAUAAGUGUCAACAAUGUGAUAAGAGGUUUCGGUGGAGUUCAGAUCUUAAUAAGCACUUAAUGGCACACCAAGGAAUAAAACCAUAUAGAUGCUCAUGGUGUGGGAAAAGCUUCAGUCAUAACACAAAUCUACACACACAUCUAAGAAUUCACACAGGAGAGAAGCCCUUUAAAUGUUAUGAAUGUGGAAAAAGAUUCAUUCAGAACUCCCACCUUAUUAAACACCAGAGAACCCACACAGGUGAGCAGCCUUAUACUUGUAGCAUAUGCAGAAGAAAUUUUAGCAGGCGGUCAAGCCUUCUUAGACACCAGAAACUCCACAGGGGAAGGGAAUCAUGUCCAGUGUCUCCAGUCUGAAGAGAGUCACCAUAUGGAGCUUGACCCUAGAGGUGAUGAAAGAAUACAAAAUUCUGAGGCAUCCAAUGAUAGGAAUUUGUCAUCAACAGAAAAUUUGUGAAGGGUGCAUGUCACGUUUCACAGAAGGGAAUCGACGCUGUACCUCUUUUAUUCAGCAUUGUAUCUUCAGUGCCUAGCAGAAGACUGAUACAUAAUGAGUACCUUAUAAAUAAAAGAAAGAAAAUAUAGUUAUCA